CCACAAUCGUCAGCCGCAACCUCAUCCGUAUCCAAAGUCGACCCCACCAAUGAACUUCCCCUCCUUCUCGACGCCUACGAAGAUGAAGAGUAUCCCCGAAACAAUUUUCCUCUGCGUGUUUCUCGCAGUAUCGAUUUUUAGAUGGACUUAUACCGAUAUCCAAGGUUCCGAAACAUGGGAUCUAUCCACGAUGCCGAGUUUCUUUGGCCCGGGAACGUAUAUUGCGUGGAUCAUAACAGGAAUCGACGCGUUUUGGGAUGAAUGGGCGGAAGUCGUACCGUGGCGCGUGGAUACUAGCAAACAUCUGCCCGAGAGCCAACAAGACACACAGAAUGAGCAAGACGAAGAAGAAAAAGAGAAGGCAAAACCAAAAGCUGUGCUCCAAGUCUUUGCCUUCACCGGAUACGCCGCCGUUGCGUUGAUUUACCUAGGAAUCAUGGUCGUGAAGGAGAUGCCCUCAACUGCGUACGGUGCGCAUACGGAUGCUUUCUAUCUUAUCGCCAACACAGUUUUUGUCGUCGCAUACCCGUGCAUCGAUAUCGUUUUCCCAACCGGACUCCGCUUGCCCGGAUUACCACGCAUUACCAUCGUAUUCUUCACCAAAACCGUCUUCGCAGUGACCUUGUGGCUAGCAUCAUAUAAUGCCCUCCGCGAAUUUUCGAAUCGCGUGCAGAGGGUAUCACAGCUUGUUCUCACCACAUUUCUAUUCAUGUCGCUGAUGCUUUGGGAUCGUAAGAGCAAGAGGAGACGGAUAGAUCUAUUCUGGACUUGGACGAUCACUGCAUCGUCUUCUCUCGCAUUCAAAAUACUGCUUUUAGGGAUGGACGAAGAGGAAAACCACUUUGAGAAAUGGUCUGAGAUUUUUCGAUUGCGGGCCCCGAAGCCUAGAACUUUGAAUACGCUGUCGGAGUUGGAUCAAUGGUUUACGGUUGGAUUGGCAGCGGUGUGUUUCGUAUAUUCAAGGCAAGAUACUGUCUUGUGGACUUUUACGGGGGUGUAUUCAGGGCUUCAAAGAGGAUUCAGAAGAGCGUACCAGCUCUUUACCACAAGAGAUGUCUGAUCGACAGCCCGAACCCCACCGUAAAUAUAGAUUUCAUGAUUCUAAUAUCUUGGUCCAUUCACUGAGCCCGGAC